AUGACAGCAGAAUCUACCAGUGACGGCAAUCCGUUCGACGACCCGUUACCGACGCAGCCGCAGCCUGAAGUCGCGCCGGAAGCGACUCUGGCAGUCGGCCGGAAUGCUUCACUUACUCUCGCUACCGACUCACUCAUAAUAUUAGACGAAGGCUUUGUUGGAAGGGAGACGUCAAACUGCUGCGGUCUCCUACCGAGCAGAAGUAAGACCACCCUCGCCGUUCCAUUCUUCAACAUUCUUUGGGCGGAGUUGAGCGAUUGGGAAAUCGCUAUUCGCUACGCCCGCCAAGUAUCCAAAGACGUCGUCCGGCCGGCGUACGUCAACUACACUAUCGACAAGAACGACCGCGUACACGCGCAAGCAUGGAUCGAGCAGCUUCUAAACAGGGCGUACGGUGCCUCCCAGCGACAGAAGCGCAUUAAGGUGCUUAUAAACCCGUUUGGGGGAAAGGGCAGCGCAGCGAAGUGGUACACGCAGGAUAUUGAGCCCAUCUUCGCGGCAGCCAGAUGCGAGGUCAACGUCGAGAGGACACAGUAUAUGGGCCACGCCCGAGACCUGGUUGCCGAGAGCCUUGAUCCGGACGCUUGGGAUGUCAUCGCUUGCUGCUCCGGCGACGGAGUGCCGCACGAGGUGUUCAACGGGUUGGCGCGGAAGAAGGAUGCUGCGCGUGCGCUUGCCCAGGUAGCAGUGGUACAAUUACCGUGCGGCACAGGGAACGCGCUGAGCUUGAAUCUAUACGGCAGCAACAGCCCCAGCAUAGCCGCCCUCGGGGUUGUCAAAGGCCUCCGAACGCCGUUGGAUCUGGUAUCCAUCACGCAAGGCGACACGCGCAGCCUGUCCUUCCUCUCCCAGAGCGUCGGCAUCAUCGCCGAGAGCGACUUGGGCACCGAGAACCUGCGGUGGAUGGGCAGCGCGCGCUUCACGUACGGCUUCCUCAUCCGUCUGCUGGGCAAGACAGUCUACCCGUGCGAGAUCGCCGUGCAACUCGAAGACGACCAGAAGAGCUCCAUACGGGAGGCCUUCCGCGCCGAAGCCUCCAAACCACUCCCAUCGACCCUGCAGCGCGAUCUCCCGCCGCCUGACGCCGGCCUCCCAGCUCUCCGCUUCGGCACUGUGAACGAUCCACUACCUCAGCACUGGCAGCUUGUUCCACACGACAAGAUCGGCAACUUCUACACCGGCAAUAUGGCGUACAUGUCACCCGACACCCCCUUCUUCCCCGGCGCCCUUCCCAACGACGGAUGUCUGGACAUGGUCUGCAUCGACGGCGACAUCCCCCGCUCGACAGCGCUCAAGAUGCUGCUGUCGGUGGAGAAGGGCACGUUCUUCGAGAUGCCAGAGGUGACGUACCGCAAGGUGAGCGCGUAUCGCAUAAUACCGAAACAGUGCGUCAAGAGGAAGGAGGAUGGAUAUAUCAGCAUUGAUGGCGAGAGGGUGCCGUUUGAGCCGUUCCAGGCGGAGGUGCAUAGGGGGUUGGGGACGGUGCUCAGUAGGACGGGACAUAUGUAUGAGGCGCACGGGUUGAGGUAG